CAUCUUGGGCAAACUGCUGACAAAGACUGUGAUGGCCAUACAAACGAAGAACUGUGUACGUUACGUGGAUAUCAUUUUGUUCCUGAAAAGUACAACUUUGAAGUUGGAAAGUACUUACCCGAUUUUGACCUUGACGGUAAUUAUGAUGAAGAUUGUGCCUACAUUGUUCCAGACUGCCGUAAACCGGUGAUACCAAACACAACAAUAUCAGACUAUGCAACAGGUUCACACACAUAUGUAACAUCGACGUUUUCAAAGUUCAAAUGUGAAGAAGGAUUUACUAUUGCUAAUACAUCUGUGACUGAAAUAGAGUGUCAUGCAGACGGAAUAUGGAUGCCUGAGAGGAUAUGUGUUAAAGACUGUCCAGAUCCAUCCACAGUUUACAAUAACUCUGUGAUAGAAAAUGGUACAUCAUGGGCCGUGAGCAGCAGUGUCCGCAUGGAUUGUGAUAAUGGUUUUACAUUGAUCGGUCAUGAUGUUCUUGAGUGUACUGAAAACGGAACAUGGACAAUAAACGUGUUUUACUGUAUUCCAGAUUGUGUCGACCCAGUAACAAUAUAUGCUAACUCGGUUAUGGAAAAUGGAACAUUAUGGGCUGUUGGUUACAACGUAACAAUGGCAUGUAUGGACGGGUUUACAUUACUUGGAGACAAUAUUCUAAAAUGUACCAAUGACUCAAUAUGGUCAACGGAUGUGUUUCAUUGUGCUGCAGAUUGUACAGAUCCAACUCCAGAUGUUAUAUAUUCAGAGAUGAUAAAUCCAUUCGGACUGUCAACUUUCCCUGUAGAUAAUGCAUACUCUCUCACGUGCAUAACAGGAUAUAGUGUCAACGGAAAUUCUAGUAUGACGUGUUACACAAAUUCUACUUGGUCACAGCCACAGUUUUCAUGCGUUCCAGGUUGUGGGGAUCCAAGGAAAGAUAUAUCACAUUCAGUUAUACUUAAUUAUACAGAGGGUACACCUUUUGAAGCAGGGAUUGUUUUGGUAAUGGCAUGUAAUAUUUCAACGACACAGGUGGGAGACGAAACAGUAGCUUGUUUAUCGGAUAAAACAUGGAACAAAACCCUGAAGUGUAUUCCAGAUUGCAGUGAUCCAAGAUUAGAAGUAGAUGUAGAAAACGCGACGUUACCAGGUUUUAAAACUGGUUCAACAACAGCUUACAAAUCUCAAUACAAGUUCAGGUGUAAUUUGAAAUACCGAAUGAUUGGCAACGGUUAUAUAGUCUGUCAUGAAAACUCUACGUGGUCACAGCCUCAGUUUAAUUGUGAACCUUGUAAAUGCCCAUGUAGAAGAGUUGGUGUUCCUAGAUAUACAGAGGUAACACCGGAAGUAGUAAACCAAAUACAGGAAGAAACAAGUUUCGACCUUGCAGUGAAUGAUAAAAUUCUUUCAGCGUACAUCCGACGGAAAACAAGUGUUCCGAAUAAGAAACAAGUUGCCAAAUCGAUUGGAUACGUUGGAGCCAUAUUUCUUGUAGUCAUACUUGGGUCCAUAGUGUGUUUGGAUAUUCCAACGUUAUGGAAUCACCUAAAACGAUUAAUCAACACGAUAAAAAACAUUUACAGAUAUAUGCGUCAUAAAAUAGCAUAACCGAUACUAUUCCAUGAUUGAUAACUUGAUAAUACAUAUAAAAUCAACGUGUGAAGCAAGUAAAUAACAGUAUCAACUACAAAUACGUUUUGUAUAGAACAUCUUUAUAAUAAAAAAUAAUAAAAAAGCAUAAAAUGUAUUUUGAAUUGGAUGCACUAGGAAGCUAUAGAAUUGACAAAAGUGUAAAUUAAAACAAUCUGAGAAUUAAUGUCGGAUCUAAUUAAUUAGAUGUAUUACCAGUUAACAUGGUUAACCUGUCACAAAAACCUUAUUGAUUUAAUAGUAUUUUGUUAAAACUUUCAGAAAAUGUUUUCAUCAUUGACAAUGCAAAAGACCUUGGGCGAUACAUGUUAGAGGCGUCCGGACAUAUGACAUAACUUAUACUUGCCACAAUAUUUCUGUGACUUUUACGACUGUAGACAACAAUGUAUCGUUUUUAAAUUUAAAACCAAAUACUGCA